CGGAAACUAAUUUCAGCUUCGUUCCCACCAGGCUGAUUACGGGACAAAUAGAAGGUCUCACCGAGCUAUUAGUGGUUAAUAGCCGAGCUACAGUCCAGGCGGGGCAGAGCUUCAAGCCAGAGUUCUGAGCCGGUCUCGGUUGUUCACAAACACCGGAUUAAGUCCCUGAGAUGGAAGAGAACAAAGAACUCGUACCAGUAAUGGACAGUAUUCUGGAUAAUCUCUCAAAAACUGAAUUUGUUAGCGUUUGUGUUCGAGAUCCUAGACUCCACAAAGUUAGCCCCGGGCACACUCAUGUCGACUACGAGAUCUGUUUACAGACCAACAGCAUGUGUUUUCGGAGGCACACUUCCUAUGUGAGACGGCGUUACAGUGAUUUUGUUUGGCUGCGUAACUGUCUGAAGGGGAAUGCUCUGAUCAUAGAAUUGCCCAAGUUGCCACCCUGGAAUCCCUUCUUUAGUUUGAAGAACAAAGAGCAAGUAUCCAAAAGAAUGAAGGGCCUGCAGGAGUUUCUAGAAAGUGUUUUUCAGAAUCCCUUAUUGUUAUCAGAUAGUCGGCUCCAUCUUUUCCUCCAGUCAGAACUUGGUAUCAGAAGGAUUGAAAGGUGUGUUCUUGGUAAGACCAGGUACACUGUAGCUGAAGCUAUUCAACAGUCCAGAAGCAGUUACAGCAGUUCAGAGGACAAGAGUUCUUGUGACUCAGACUGUGAGAGCUCUGCAUCUUCAGAUCUGGGAUUGAGCAUCGAUGCUAUGGCUCAAGACAGUCCGGUCCCUUUUCAUCAUGCAAAUGAAAGAGACUCCUAAAUGAAGAUUCUCCUUUCCAUAUCAUGCACGGUAUUUGUAUUAAAACCUGCAUUACCUUCCCUCAGAUAAUAAA